GCAACCUGUAAAUGACUCUCAGGAAUUAUUUCCAAAGCACGGUUCACAUGCUGAAGGGAUAAUGGACAGAACGUCAAACAUGAAACUUGAAUGUUGUAAUUUCAAAGAAAAUUGGGAUUCCGAGCAUGUGUUUGGAAGGAAGCUAGUUGAUCGAGAGACCCAAUUUAGGCAAGACACAAUUACGCCUAACAAAACGCUUUCCAAGGAGAGUAUGUGUAACAGAUCCAGAAAAUGGUUCCAUUUGAACAGUGUGGAACAGAGACUUCAUAAUCAUGAUUCAAUUAAAAUGUUCUCCAAAAGUUCAGUGGUAAUGAAACAGACAGGGAUCUAUACAGGAAAGAAACUUUUCAAGUGCAGUGAAUGUAAAAAAACUUUCACCCAGAGCUCCUCCCUUACUGUGCACCAGAGGAUUCACACUGGAGAGAAGCCCUACAAAUGCAGCGAGUGUGGAAAGGCCUUCAGUGACGGCUCAUCCUUCGCGCGGCAUCAGAGAUGUCAUACUGGCAAGAAGCCCUACGAGUGCAUCGAAUGUGGGAAAGCGUUUAUCCAGAACACAUCUCUCAUUCGGCACUGGAGAUACUAUCACACCGGGGAGAAACCUUUUGAUUGCAUCGAUUGUGGGAAAGCCUUCAGUGAUCACAUAGGGCUUAAUCAGCAUAGGAGAAUUCAUACUGGAGAGAAGCCUUACAGAUGUGAGGUGUGUCACAAGUCCUUUAGGUAUGGCUCAUCUCUUACUGUCCACCAAAGGAUUCAUACAGGAGAAAAACCGUACGAGUGUGAUGUCUGCAGAAAAGCCUUCAGCCACCAUGCCUCGCUGACUCAGCAUCAGAGAGUACACUCUGGAGAGAAGCCUUUCGAGUGUAAAGAAUGUGGGAAAGCCUUCAGGCAGAACAUACACCUAGCCAGUCAUUUAAGGAUUCAUACUGGGGAAAAGCCGUUUGAAUGUGGGGAGUGCGGGAAAUCCUUCAGCAUCAGUUCACAGCUGGCCACACAUCAGAGGAUUCACACUGGAGAGAAGCCCUACGAGUGUAAAGUUUGUAGUAAAGCCUUCACACAGAAGGCUCACCUCGCACAGCAUCAGAAAACUCACACGGGAGAGAAGCCCUAUGAAUGUAAGGAAUGUGGAAAAGCCUUCAGCCAGACCACGCACCUCAUUCAGCACCAGCGAGUUCACACUGGAGAGAAGCCCUAUAAGUGCAUGGAAUGUGGGAAGGCCUUUGGUGAUAACUCAUCGUGUACUCAGCAUCAGAGACUCCACACUGGCCAAAGACCUUACGAGUGUGUGGAGUGUGGGAAGGCGUUCAAGACGAAGUCGUCCCUUAUUUGUCAUCGCAGAAGUCAUACUGGGGAGAAGCCGUAUGAGUGCAGUGUGUGUGGCAAGGCCUUCAGCCAUCGUCAGUCCCUUAGUGUGCAUCAGAGAAUUCACUCUGGGAAGAAGCCGUACGAGUGUAAGGAGUGCAGGAAAGCUUUCAUCCAGAUCGGACACCUCAACCAGCACCAGAGAGUUCAUGCCGGAGAGAGAUCCUACAGCUGCAGCGAGUGUGGCAAGGCCUUCAGCCGCAGCUCCUCGCUGAUAAAGCACCAAAGAAUCCAUAGCGGGGAGAAGCCAUUCGUGUGCAGCGCCUGUGGGAAGCACUUCACCGAGCGCUCAUCCCUCACCGUCCACCAGCGCGUGCACACGGGCGAGAAACCCUUCGCAUGCGGGGACUGCGGCAAGGCCUUCAGCCAGCGCAUGAACCUCGUGGUGCACGAGCGCACGCACACCGGGGAGAAGCCGUACGUGUGUGCUGUGUGCGGCAAGGCUUUCCGCAAGACCUCGUCCCUCACACAGCAUGCACGCAUCCACACGGGCGAGAAGCCUUACGCGUGCGGGGACUGCGGCAAGGCCUUCAGCCAGAACAUGCACCUCGUGGUGCACCAGCGCACGCACACCGGGGAGAAGCCGUACGUGUGCCCCGAGUGUGGCCGGGCCUUCAGCCAGAACAUGCACCUGACCGAGCACCGGCGCACGCACACGGGCGAGAAGCCGUUCACGUGCAAGGAGUGCGGCAAGGCUUUCAACAAGAGCUCCUCCCUCACACUGCACCAGCGGAACCACACCGGCGAGAAGCCCUACGUGUGCAACCAGUGCGGCAAGGCCUUCAGCCAGAGCUCCUACCUCAUCCAGCACCAGCGCUUCCACAUUGGGGUCAAGCCCUUCGAGUGCAGCGACUGCGGCAAGGCCUUCAGUAAGAACUCCUCCCUCACGCAGCACCAGCGCAUCCACACGGGCGAGAAGCCCUACGAGUGCUAUGUGUGCAAGAAGCACUUCACGGGCCGCUCAUCGCUCGUCGUGCACCAGACAGCGCACACGGGCGAGCGGCCCUACACGUGCGGCGAGUGCGGCAAGGCCUUCAGCCAGAGCGCCUACCUCAUCGAGCACCAGCGCAUCCACACAGGUGAGAAGCCCUACAGGUGCACGCAGUGUGGCAAGUGCUUCCUCAAGAACUCCUCGCUCACCGUGCACCAGCGCAGCCACACUGGCGAGAAGCCGUACCGCUGCGGUGAGUGUGGCAAGACCUUCAGCCGCAACACGAACCUCACGCGGCACCUGCGCAUUCACACCUAAGGGCACGUGGUCAGCGUGAGACAUUCCCCGUGGGGUCAGAGAAGGCGUGGGAAAGGCGGGACUGAUGGAAAACCUUUUGGUUACAAGCGUGACCCCUCUGUCCUGACAAAGUGUCAGGAGGCAGGACCCUCAGCGUCCUGGGUGGCUGGAGACACUCGCUGUGGCCAAGCUGAGAUCAUUGGGACCUGGAG